GGAUGAUCCUUCCACAGAGUUGUGGAUCACUUUGCAGAAAGCCGACUGCCAGAAGCUGCUUGUUCGGCGCCAUGCGGAAGGUGCCGAACCUCGGGGCGAUGAAAGGGAAGAAGGAGGACACCCCAUCGGUGGAUGCGCUGGCGGUGAUGAGCCCCAAGGCGCGGGACCGUCGGGACUCCGAAGAAUCCAAGGAGGCCGGACGCCUGAAGGCGAUGCUCCGGCGCGGCGGCUCCAUGCAAUCGCUGCUCUCCCUGGGCUCGCGGCGCUCCAACCGCUCGGGCGGCUCCUCCGGGGGCAUGGGGCUUCCGAGCAAAGCUCACAUGAUCGCUGGCAGCUUUGCUUGCGUGAUCCUGUCCUGGGUCGGCACCGUCUCCAUCUUGCUGAUGAUCGUAGCUUUGCGCUACACUGGCCCAGUGGUCGACUUGGCCCGCGAGCGCUACGUGGUCUCCGCUACUGAACGCGUGGGCUCGGAAGCAGCUCAGGUCUUCGGCGCGGCCAGCGCGGCACGGCACGCCUUGGACUACGCAGUGCAACGACAGCUCUACUUCGAGCCGGAGGACUAUGACGGGCUGAGCCUGGCGCUCGAGCCAGUCUUCGCCGCCCGAAAGCCACUUCGGGCAGUGGACAUCACCUUCGACACGAGGAAAGUCUCCGUCUCAUUGCGGCGGAUCGUGGGGGCAGGUUUUGACCGACUGCUGGUGCAGUCUGAUGCGGACGACUGCUUCGAAAAGUUGGGCCGGUUCGGUUGUCUGGAUGGAGCUCGCUUCCAUGACAUGGACUGGUACCAGAUCGGCUCCAGCCUGCCGGGAGGGCAGGAGGUGGACAACACCACGGAUCCUCCCAUGAGCUCCCAGUGGAACGUGGGGCCGGGCUUCGUCCCCCACGUGGAGGGUGGUCUAGUGGAAUCGGCCCGAGCGGUGGCGUGGUCUCCGGCGCACUCCUUGAUCUUCCGGUCCGUGUUUCCCGGCAGCUACGGCAAUUUGUCGGUGAUUGCCCGUGCCGUGGUGGAGGUGACUGAUCUGGCCGAGGAUGACCGGCUUGAAGAUGAGGCUAACCUAGGUGAGGUGGGUGCGGUCUACGUUUGCGACAUCAAAGGCACCCUGCUGGCGACCUACUAUCCCGGCGAAAAGGCACGGAUCGAGAGCCCCACAGGAGUGACCCAUUUCCGAAUGAUCUGGGAGCUUGAAGGAUGGGCCUCCUCGGUGCAGCAAGGGCACUUCGAAGAAGCGAGAAGGGAGGGAAUCGCCAGCUUCAGGGCGGAGCCUGGAAACCUGCAUGUGGCCAUCCGAGCAGUACGAGGCUACAAUCACUUCUUCGUGGUGGCGGGCUCCGAACGCUCGGCCUAUGCGGAUGCCUUUAUGGAGCUGAUUUGCACCAUUGCCCAAUCCAUCGUGGUUUCACCGUACCCUGCUACUGCCAUUAUCCUUGGGAUCUGCUUCAUCCUGAUACAGCUCAAUGCCAGGCGCAAGAGGAGGCGUGUGCAGCCAGAAGAACGGUUGGCACAGGCGGAAAAGAGCUUGGCGAUGCUGCGAUCUAGAACUAUCAGGUCGCGCUGAGGCGCCACAUCCUCCGUGGUUGGGGUGGUCGCGGUGGCCGAGCUUCGACUUCGCGAGGAAGUCGAAGUCAGAGUCUGGGUGUUUGUCUCAAGGGAGUGGAUGC